AUGACGCUUCACCAAACCAAUUUGUGUGCAUCCUCGUCUUAUUCCAUAUACCUUCAUCUCAUGAUUCUUCUCUUUCUCAUUUACCUACUCCGCUUGCAACCCACCAUUACUACCGCUGCUCCCACAAACGAGACUGAUCGUUUCGCUUUGCUCAAAUUCAAAGAAUCCGUGCCUCAGGAUCCUUAUAACAUAUUGAGCUCAUGGAAUGACUCUAUGCACUUCUGCAACUGGCUAGGAGUCAAAUACGGCCGUCGGCACCAAAGAGUCACAGUCUUAGACCUACAAGGCCACAAGUUACGUGGAACUCUAUCACCUUACAUCAGCAACCUCAGCUUUCUUAGGUCCAUCAUCCUCCAGAAUAAUAGCUUCUAUGGCGAAAUUCCACAAGAAAUUGGUCAUUUGUUCCGACUGCAACAACUCUAUCUUAACAAUAACACAUUGGAAGGGGAAAUACCAUCUAGCUUGUCCAAUUGCUCCAAUCUCUGGUUCUUAAAUCUUUGGCGGAAUAAGCUUAAAGGGAAGAUUCCAACUGGGCUAGGCUCUUUAAUGAAACUCAAAUUACUUCGGCUUAGCGUUAACAAUUUGGUAGGAGGGAUCCCACCUUCUCUAGGAAAUCUUUCUUCACUCACAAAAUUUGCUGCAACAUAUAAUAAUUUGGUGGGAAAUAUUCCAGAUGCCAUAGGUAUGUUCCCUUCCUCUCUUUACAAUGUGUCAUCCCUCCAAAUCUUUUUAGUUUCAAGCAACCAACUUAAAGGCACACUUCCAGCCAACAUAGGCCAAAAUCUUCCAAAUCUCCAAAUUUUUUAUCUUUCUGACAAUGAGUUCUCAGGGCCAAUCCCUACUUCAAUAUGCAAUGCAACUCAGCUUCAAAAAAUUUCUUUAAGUCAGAAUAUGUUUUUGGGACCAGUUCCAACAAAUUUGGGAAAUCUGCCGAAUCUUUUAUUUUUAAGGUUGACUAACAAUUAUCUAGGAAAGAGCCUCCAUUUCUUAACGUUGUUGACAAACUGUAGUAGACUUCAAACAUUGGAUUUAGGUGCAAACCAAUUUGAUGGUGUUCUGCCCAAUUCUGUAUCAAACUUGUCAAACGAACUCAUUGAAUUAGAUUUUGAAUACAAUGAAAUAUCUGGAACUCUUCCUGGAUCAUUAAUGAAUCUCGUUAACUUAAUUGCCUUGGGCUUAAAUGAUAAUCACAUCACUGGCGUCAUUCCUACUACUUUUGGGAAGUUAGAGAAGAUGCAAGUAUUGGUUUUAAAGGGAAAUAGAUUGUCAGGAGAAAUACCAGCCUCCAUGGGCAACCUUACUCACUUGUUUGAAAUCUACUUAGAUGAUAACAGAUUGGAAGGAACCAUACCUCCAAGUAUAGUAAAUUGCCAAAAUUUGCAGCUCUUGGGCAUUUCACAAAACAACCUUAAUGGAUCCAUACCCCUGCAGCUUAUUGGUACUUCUUUGUUACCACUAGCAAACGCUAAUUUAUCUCACAACUCAUUCACGGGCAAACUACCAUUUGAAGUAGGUAAUUUGAAAAAUAUCAACCAAAUGGAUAUCUCUAACAAUAAUUUGUCUGGUGAAAUUCCUACAUCUAUAGGAAAUUGUUUGAUCUUGGAAUAUCUUUACCUACAAGGGAAUUCCUUUAGCGGAGCCAUACCAUCAUCUAUGGCUUCUUUGAAAGGUCUUCGACUUUUAGAUGUUUCACAAAAUAACCUUUCAGGACCCAUUCCAGAGGGUUUACAGAAGCUACUUUUCUUAGAAAAAUUGAACCUUUCAUUCAACAAUUUUGAGGGUGAGGUACCAAUCGAAGGGGUUUUCAAAAACAUAAGUGUCGUAUCAUUGAUUGGAAAUACUAAACUUUGUGGUGGUAUACCAAAAUUGAAGUUGCCAAAAUGCCCUAUAAAUGUUAUGAAACCAAGAAAAUCCAUUGGAUUCAAACUAGCAAUUGUAAUUAUUUCUAUUGUUCAAAUUUUCCUUUUCUUUUCAUCUUUUCUUGUUUGGAUGAAAAAUUCAAAAAAGAAAUCACCUUCAAUGGUUUCAACAAUGGACCUCCUUCCAAAUGUUUCAUAUAAAGAACUCUAUCAGGCAACUAGUGGAUUUUCUCCAAGCAAUUUAAUUGGAUCUGGAAGUUUUGGCUCUGUAUACAAAGGACUUAUUCAUCCGGAAGAAAGAUCAGUUGCAGUAAAGGUCCUUAAUCUUCAACAAAAGGGUGCUUCCAAGAGCUUUAUGGUUGAAUGUAAUGUCUUGAGAAAUAUCCGGCACAGAAAUCUUGUUAAGAUAUUGACAUGUUGCUCUAGCAUGGAUUACAAUGGGAAUCAAUUCAAAGCUCUAGUAUUUGAAUUCAUGACAAAUGGAAGCUUAGAUUUUUGGCUUCAUCAAAGGCUAGACAAUGAAAACCAAUCAGGGAACUUGAGCCUUCUUCAAAGACUAAAUGUUGCAAUUGACGUGGCUUCUGCAAUAGAUUAUCUUCAUAACCAUUCUAUGCAACCAGUCAUUCAUUGUGAUUUAAAACCAAGCAAUGUUCUUCUAGACAAUGACAUGGUUGCUCAUGUAAGCGAUUUUGGUUUAGCAAGGCUCCUCCCAAUCACCAAUGAUUCUUCUGGAAAGCAAACUAGUACAAUUGGGAUAAAGGGAUCAAUUGGUUACAUUGCUCUAGAGUAUGGCAUGGGUGGUGAGGCAUCAAUAGAGGCGGACGUGUAUAGCUAUGGAAUAUUACUACUGGAGAUGUUCUUAGGAAAGAGACCCACUAAUGACAUGUUUAAAGAUGGUUUCAAUCUCCACAAUUUUGCUAAGAUGGCACUGCCUGAAAGACUUGCUCAAAUUCUCCAACAACAAUAG